AUGUCAGACAACUCCACCACAACCGAGACGGCCGUCGCCCCGGACCGGGUGACGCCCGGGUGCGCGACGCCCGGACGCGCGCGGACGGGAAGCGCGGCGGCGGGAAGCGCGGCGGCGGGAAGCGCGGCGGCGGGUCGCGCGCCCCUGAGCGCCGCCGUGACCGGCGCGCUCUACAUGACCGCCGCCUCGCUCGGCUUUUCGGUGAUGAACAUCCUGAUCCGCGAGGUCUCGGCGGAGGUCGAGCCGGCGCAGAUCGCCUUCUUCCGCAACCUCUUCGCCUCGCUGUUCAUGCUGCCCUGGCUGCUGUCGAGCGGCGCCGCCAAGGCCCUGCCCACGACCAACCUGAAGCUGCACCUGCUGCGCGCCGGCAUCGGCCUGAUCGGCAUGCUCUGCUGGUUCUACUCGGUCUCCCUGCUGCCGCUGGCCCAGGCGGUGGCGCUGAACUUCACCGUGCCGCUCUUCGCCACCGCCGGCGCCGCGCUGAUCCUGGGCGAGGUGGUGCGGGCGCGGCGUUGGAGCGCGACCUUCGUCGGCUUCCUGGGGGUGCUGAUCAUCCUGCGGCCCGGCGACGGCGAGAUCACCUGGCUGACCGGCCUGCCGGUGCUGGCGGCGCUCUUCAUGGCCUCCUCGGUGCUGAUGGUGAAGACCCUGUCGGGGCGCGACGCGCCGGCGACCAUCGUGCUGUGGAUGAACCUGCUGCUGACGCCGCUGUCGCUGAUCCCGGCGCUGUUCGUCUGGCGCUGGCCGAGCCUGGAGAUGCUGGGGCUGCUGGCGCUGAUCGGCGCCGUCGCGGUGAUCUCCCACAUGGGGCUGACCCGCGCCUACGCCCGGGCCGACGCCUCGGCGGUGCUGCCCUUCGACUACAUGCGCCUGCCCUUCAUCGCGCUCUUCGCCUUCUUCCUCUACGGCGAGGUGCCGGACCUCUGGACCUGGGUCGGCGCCGGGGUGAUCGCCGGCUCGACCGUCUAUAUCGCCCACCGCGAGGCGCGGGUCGCGCGCGAGCACACGCGGGCGAGCCGGGCGAUGGGACUGCGCAGCCGGAGCGGCCCGCUGGCGCCCAACCUGGAGGGUGCGCUCUGGAUGCUGGGCUCCGCCCUGGUGUUCACCGCCAACGGCGUGCUGGUCAAGGCGCUGGCGGCCUCGGGCAUGUCCUUCUUCCAGAUCGCCCUGGCGCGCGCCGGCUUCGCGCUGCUGGCCGUGCUGCCCUUCGUCUGGGCGGUCGGGCUGCCGGCCCUGCGCACGGCCUAUCCCGUCUCCCACCUGAUUCGCGCGCUGGCCGGGGCCGGCGCCAUGCUGUCGGGCUUCUACGCCCUCUCGCGCCUGCCGCUGGCCGAGGUGACGGCGAUCGGCUUCACCACGCCGCUCUUCGCCACGGUGCUGGCGAUCUUCGUGCUGGGCGAGGUGGUGCGCUGGCGGCGCUGGACCGCCACGCUGGUCGGCUUCGCCGGGGUGCUGAUCAUGCUGCGCCCCGACUCGCUGCUGGUCGGCGAGGGGAUCGAGCUCGGCGGCUUCCUGGGGGCGCUGGGCAUGGCCUUCGGCAUCGCGGUGGCGGUGAUCAUGGUCAAGCGCCUGCCCAAGAGCGAGCCGCAGGCCGUGAUGCUGCUGUGGUUCUGCCUGGCCUCGAUCGCGCUGGCGCUGGUCCCCGCGAUCCGGGCCUGGCAGCCGCCGACGUUGGAGCAGUGGGCGAUGCUGGCGGCGGUCGGCGUCAUCGGGGUCUGCGGCCAGUCGCUGGUGAUCAAGGCCUACCGCGCCGGCGAGGCCAGCUUCGUGGCGCCCUUCGACUACUCGAAGAUCCUCUUCGCCAUGGUGCUGGGCUUCGCCUUCUUCGGCGAGGUGCCGGAGGUCUGGACCCUGUCCGGCGCCGCCGUCAUCGUCGCCUCCACCCUCUAUAUCGCGCGGCGCGAGGCGCGCCUGGGCACCCGCAAGGAGCGCGAACGCGUCGACGCCGACCACGGCGUUGGCGCCCAGCGCCUGGGCCUUUUCCACCAGGUCGGCGAUGGCCUCGUCCUUGGCGUCGCGCAGGGCCUUCUCGUAGGCGCCGGCGCGCCCGCCGACGAUGUCGCGGACCGACGCGAAGAAGUCCCGGAAGAUGUUGGCGCCGAUGAUGCACUCGCCGGCGACGAUGCCCUUGUAGGCGACGAUGCGCUGGCCUUCGAUCCCGUCGGUGGUGACCACGAGCAUGGCGGUGGCGAGUCCUCUGCGCUGUCUGAGCCGUCGGUGGUGUCCGGCCGCCCCGGCGGGGUCCGGGGCGCGGGGCGGCGCGGCCUGCUCGCCUGGUGCCUUUACGACUGGGCCAACUCGGCCUUUCCGACGGUCAUCGUCACCUUCGUCUUCGCCGCUUACGUGACCAACGUGAUCGCGCCGAGCCCGGAGGUCGGCACCGGCCAGUGGGGCUUCGCCAUGGGGCUGUCGGGCCUGGUGAUCGCCCUGGCCAGCCCGGUGUUGGGGGCGAUCGCCGACCAGAAUGGCCGGCGCAAGCCCUGGAUCGCCGCCUUCUCCCUGGCCUGCGUGGCCGUCGGGGCGCUGCUCUGGACGGUGACGCCGGAGCCGGGGGCGCUGGUCUGGGCGCUCUUCCUGGUCGCCGCGGCCAACGUCGCCUUCGAGAUCGGCACGGUCUUCUACAACGCCAUGCUGCCCGAGGUGGCGCCGGCGGGCAUGAUGGGGCGCCUGUCGGGCUGGGCCUGGGGCGCGGGCUACGCCGGCGGGCUGGCCUGCCUGGGCGUCAGCCUGCUGCUCUUCGUGCAGCCCGACGCGCCGCUGCUCGGGCUCGACAAGGCGGCUUACGAGCAUGUGCGCAUCACCGGCCCCUUCGUCGGCCUUUGGUUCCUGGUCUUCGCGCUGCCGCUGUUCCUCUUCACGCCCGACCGGCGCGGCACGGGCAAGCCCGCCGGCGCCGCCGUGCGCGAGGGGCUGAAGACCCUGGGCGCCACCUUGAAGGCGCUGCCGCGCUACGGCCAGGUGCUGCGCUUCCUGAUCGCGCGCAUGCUCUACACCGACGGGCUCAACACGCUCUUCGCCUUCGGCGGAAUUUACGCCGCCGGCACCUUCGGCAUGGGCUUCGACGAGAUCCUGAUCUUCGGCAUCCUGCUCAACGUCACCGCCGGGCUGGGCGCCGUGGGCUUCGCCUGGGUCGACGACUGGCUGGGGCCGAAGCGCACCGUGCUGAUCGCCGUGGGCUGCCUGAUCGCCCUGGGCGCGGCCAUCCUGGUGGUGGAGUCGAAGCUCUGGUUCUACGUCCUGGGCUGUGCCAUCGGCACCUUCAUCGGCCCGGCCCAAUCGGCCAGCCGCACCCUGAUGGCGCGGCUGGCUCCGGCCGAGGUGCGCACCGAGAUGUUCGGCCUCUACGCCCUCUCCGGCAAGGUGACGGCCUGGAUCGGGCCGAUCCUGGUCGGCGGCGUCACCCUGCUGGCCGAGAGCCAGCGCUGGGGCAUGGCCACCAUCCUGCUGCUCUUCGUCGCCGGCGCGCUGCUGCUGCUGCCGCUGAGGGAGCCGCCUCAGCAGGCCGCACAGGGCCGGCCCGAGGACGAGGUCGCGGGCGUGGGCCAGGUGGCGGGCCAGGCCGGCGUCGCUGGUCACCACGCCGGGAUGAAGCACGGCCGGGCGCCGGGGGACGGGCUGGACAGAACGGGACAUGGCGGGCUCUCCUGUCGCGAGCGGGGAGGGGAGGGCUGUGGGAUGGCAGCGGUGAACAACAUCAACGAGAUGGAGAUCUUCGUCCGCGUCGUGCAGGCCAAGUCCUUCUCGGCCGCCGCCCGGGCCCUGGACCUCUCGCCCUCGGCGGUGUCCAAGCAGAUCGGCCGGCUCGAGGACCGCCUGGGCGCCCGGCUGCUCAACCGCACCACGCGCCAGCUCUCGCUGACCGAGGUCGGCCAGGCCUUCUUCCAGCGCGCCGAGCGGAUCAUCGCCGACAUCGCCGAGGCGGAGCGCGCGGUGGGCGACCUGCAUGCCGCGCCGCGCGGCCUGCUGCGGGUCAACGCCCCGGUCGCCUUCGGCCGGCUGCACAUCGCGCCGCUGCUGCCGAAGUUUCUGGAGAGCUUUCCCGAGAUUUCGGUGGAGCUGACGGUCAACGACCGCUUCGUCGACCUGGUCGAGGAGGGCAUGGACCUGGCGGUGCGCAUCGGCGAGCUGGCCGAUUCCUCGCUGAUCGCCAAGCGCCUGGCGCCCAACCGCCGGGUGGUCUGCGCCGCACCCGCCUAUCUGGCGGCGCGCGGCACGCCGGCGCGGCCGGCCGACCUGGAGCGGCACAACUGCAUGACCUACACCUACCGGACCAACCGCCACGACUGGCGGCUGGAGCAGGCGGGCGCGGCGGAGACGGUCACGGUCUCCGGCAACCUGGAGACCAACUACGCCGAGGUGCUGAUGGCCGCCGCCCUGGCCGGCACCGGCAUCGUGCUGCUGCCGAUGUGGAUCGCCGGCCCGCAGCUCGCCACCGGCGAGCUGGUCGAG